AUGUAUCGUUUCCGUAACCGUCCUCGCCGCUUCUUGUCCCUGAGAGAAGAAACGUCGGUGCAUUUCGGUGCCCAGUUCUGCGUACCUGGGGAGGAAUCAGCUGAGACCAGGUGCUUCUGCCGCCUCGGGGCAGAGGCCACUCUGGUCUGUCUCAUCAGCUCCCAAAUUCUCUCCUCUGUCCAGACCACGCUGGCUCACAUCAUAGCCAACCACAGCAAGAAACACAGCAUAAGGUUUGUGACGUUGUCGGCAACCAACGCCAAGACAACCGACGUGCGCGACGUCAUCAAGCAAGCUCAGAACGAGAAGAGCUUUUUCAAGAGGAAAACCAUCCUUUUUAUUGAUGAGAUUCAUCGGUUCAAUAAAUCUCAGCAGGACACGUUCCUUCCCCACGUGGAGUGUGGGACCAUCACCCUGAUUGGGGCGACCACAGAGAACCCCUCCUUCCAGGUCAACGCCGCUCUUCUGAGCCGCUGUCGGGUGAUCGUUCUUGAGAAGCUACCAGUGGAGGCGGUGGUGACAGUCCUAAUGCGAGCGAUUAACACCCUGGGCAUCCACGUCCUAGACUCCAGCCGCCCUGCUGACCCCCUGAGCCACGGCAGCAACAGCAGUUCUGAGCCCUCCGUGUUCAUCGAGGACAGGGCGGUGGACACGCUGGCCCACCUCAGCGACGGGGACGCCCGGACCGGGCUGAACGGCCUGCAGCUGGCGGUGCUGGCCAGGCUGAGCGCCAGGAAGGCAUUUGGUAAGAAGAGUGGGCAGACCUACUCUCCCAGCCGGGUCCUGGUGACCGAGGGCGACGUGAAGGAGGGCCUCCAGCGCUCCCACAUCCUGUACGACCGAGCAGGCGACGAGCACUACAACUGCAUCUCCGCCCUCCACAAGUCGAUGCGGGGCUCGGACCAGAGCGCCUCCCUCUACUGGCUGGGGCGCAUGCUGGAGGGGGGCGAGGACCCGCUGUACGUGGCCCGGCGGCUGGUGAGGUUCGCCAGCGAGGACGUCGGGCUGGCCGACCCGUCCGCGUUGACACAGGCAGUCGCCGCCUACCAGGGCUGUCACUUCAUAGGCAUGCCUGAGUGCGAGGUGCUCCUGGCCCAGUGCGUGGUCUACCUGGCCCGAGCCCCCAAGUCCAUCGAGGUGUUCAGCGCCUACAACAACGUGAAGGCCUGCCUGCGGGGCCACCCGGGCCCGCUGCCCCCCGUCCCGCUGCACCUGCGCAAUGCGCCCACCCGGCUCAUGAAGGACCUGGGCUACGGCCAGGGCUACAAGUACAACCCCGCGUACAGCGAGCCGGUGGACCAGGAGUACCUGCCCGAGCAGCUGCGGGGCGUGGACUUCUUCAAGCAGCGGCGGUGCUGACUGCGGCCCCGCUGCGGCGCGGGCGGGCGCGGGGUCCCUCGGUGGAGGCACGGCCACUUCAGCUGCGUGUGUGACGUUGGGGUUGUGUUCACUUGCACUCUGUGCGGCAGUUACGCUUUGAGACCAUCAGGCAGCUUCGUGCUGUGAUUCAUGUUAUGCGGAGUUCUCUAUUUUGUCAUAGUAUUUAAGUCAUAAUGUCACUUCAGAAUUCAGUUCUGUAGGGUUUUUUUUCCUUUAAAAAAUGUAUAUUCUCAGUAGUUUCAAUUGGUAAAAAAAAGUAAUUGUGAUUUAAUACUGCAUAGUGUUUUGGGUAUUUUUUUUAUAUGCAAAGGUCUUAUGAGCCAAUAAAACUAUUUCAAAGUACUCUUCAA